AUGCCUCGUUUUCUGGACACUCUCACGGGAAACUUCGUUUGGACGGAUAAUCCGCAGACGGUCGUAUAUGCCAUUCUGUCCCACACGUGGAGAUCGCUCUCAGACAAGAUCAAGCGCGCCUGCGAGGUUGCGCGGAAUGCCGGAUACCGUCUCAUCUGGAACGACGCUUGCUGCAUCGACAAAUCGAGCAGCGCCGAGCUUACCGAGGCAAUCAAUUCGAUGUUCGAGUUGUACAAGAACGCCGACAUUUGCUACACCUUUCUCGCGGACGUCCCGGACGGCGACAUCCCCAGUGACAUCUCCUCUCAAUUCCGAAGCAGCCGAUGGCACACUCGGGGUUGGACGCUGCAAGAGCUCAUCGCGCCGAAGCGGAUGGUCUUCCUGACGAAGUCGUGGCACUUCGCCAUCCUGACAGGGAGGGUCGCGCUGGACUCCAUCAGCGCUGCGCGGAGGAUGUCCUGGGCUAGUGGGAGACAAACUACGCGUGUCGAGGAUAGGGCAUACUCCCUGAUGGGG